AUGGGAGUAGGCGCUCCGGGAGUUGGAGUGUUGGGAGAUCCUGGAGUCGGAGUAUUGGGGGAUCCUGGAGUCGGAGUAUUGGGGGAUCCGGGGGUCGGAGUAUUGGGGGAUCCGGGGGUUGGAGUACUGGGAGAUCCAGGGGUUGGAGUGUUAGGAGAUCCAGGGGUUGGAGUGUUAGGAGAUCCAGGGGUUGGAGCGUUUGGAGAUCCGGGGGUUGGAGUGCCGUUUGGCGUAGGCAACUCAUCCUCCCCACCUGUAACGCUUCCACCAGUGACUCAGCCACCAGUGUCGUUGCCCCCCGAGACGUUGCCCCCUGUGACGAUUCCACCUGUAACACAGCCAGCAGUGACGUCGCCACCAGUGACGUUGCCACCUGAGACGUUGCCCCCUGUGACGAUUCCCCCUGUAACGCUGCCUCCUGUGACGCAGCCACCAGUGACGCAGCCACCUGUAACGCUUCCACCAGUGACUCAGCCACCAGUGUCGUUGCCCCCUGUGACGACUCCACCUGUAACGCAGCCACCAGUGACACAGCCACCAGUGACACAGCCACCAGUGACACAGCCACCAGUGACACAGCCACCUGUGACACCUCCUCCGGCGACGCUCCCUCCUCCGGCGACGCUACCUCCUCAACCACCGGUUACGUUGCCCCCAAGGGGUCCCCGCAGCCGUAAACUGCGCAGCCACUAA